CUGAAAACAGGGGGCACAGCGCCCCUGGUUUUGCUUUUCUCCAAUUCCUUCCACCCCGAUUAAGCCUGUGGUUUGGCAUUAACCACCUUCCUGAAAAUCACUCAUUCACCCACAUAUAUAUAGAAACAAACAAUCCACUCAAUCAACACAUCCAAAAAUCACAUACCAAUUUUUCAUCAAAAAGCCAUAGCAGUUAUCAUGAGUGCAGCAACCAGAGCUUGGAUUGUUACAUCCAGCAUUGGGGCAGUGGAGGCCUUGAAGGAUCAACUGGGGGUGUGCAGGUGGAAUUAUGCCUUGAGAUCACUCCAGCAGCAUGCCAAGAGCAACAUCGGAUCAUUCACUCAGACCAAGAGCUUGUCCUCUGCAACUUCUGCUGCUGUUGCCCACAAGGUUAAUAGGACCGAGGAAUCCAUGGGGAAAGUCAUGGACUUGGGUUGUUGGGGUCCCAAUACUAUAAGGUUCUAGAGUGGAAAGUGAAUGCCACACCUGCAUUGUGCUACGAGUUUCAU